CCUGAUAAUUGUAUAUCUUACUCCCCAAACUUUUUGCCUUGUAAUCCAAAUGUACUUUAUUGGUUCAGCUGUAGGUGAGCGUGUACUUUCUCCCCCAGCCAGAGAGUAGCGCUGUGAGCCAUGAGCCGCUUUAUCGGACUGUGUUGUGGUUUUUAACUUCCGCUUUGUUUCUUCUUCGAACAGUAUUGGCUUUAGCUGCUUGAAAUUGUGACAUUACUAUGACAUAUUAGUGGAUAUUCCGACCAUGCCCCAAACAGGGACCAGACUUGUGUUUUUCCGGACGGUCAGCCUGCUGUCACACCGACAUUAGCUCUCUGUUGUCGACUGUAAGCUCACCAUGCCGCUCGCUCCGGCUAACCAGUCCCAGCUGAUCCGCUCCAGCCAGAAGGACGAGUAUUAUCAGAGCUUUCUGAGGAACAACGCCAACGAAGCUUUCCAAACACUAGCUGGAUCUAAGCUAUGGCUGGACUGGAGGAGGGAGAUCGAGCUGCUGUCAGACCUGACAUAUUAUGGUUUAACCACGUUCUCAGGUUACCAAACCCUGGGCGAGGAGUACGUCCACAUGGUCCAGGUGGACCCCUCUAAACUUCGCGUUCCCUCCCGGGCCAGACGGAGCCUCUUUGUCCUCCUCCACUCCUUCUUCCCUUACCUGCUGGAGAAGGUGCUGGUGAGCCUGGUGAACGAGCUGGAGGGCGGGCCGGCCAGCGGCAGGGGGGCGAGGCAGCGGCAGGCAGCAUCCCGGGCCUGGAGCCUGGAGGCUAUUCUGAAGAGGGGGAUGCAGCGGGUGGUGGGGCUGCUGCCGGAGCCCCAAAGGAAGGCCUGCCUCCCGGGUGUGUCGAUCCUCCGUCAGGCUCUGACCCUGAUGCAGCGCCUCCACGUGGCUCUGUUCUACAUCAGCGGAUCCUUCUACCACCUGUCCAAGAGGGCGGCUGCUAUCGGAUAUCUGCGUGUGACAGGGCUCCAGGGCGAUGACGGCACCAUCAGGAGUAGCUACAGGCUCCUGGGGGCCCUGUCCCUCCUGCAGCUCCUCAUCACUGUGUGUCUGCAGCUCAACAACUUCUCAAAGAAGCAGAGAGCCAGGCAGGAGUGGCAGCUCUACAGGAACCUCAGUCCUCAGCACACAAACAGUGGGGGGCCCAGGGGGGCCAGCUGCAUGCUCUGCCUGGAGGAGCGCAGACACUCCACCUCCACCCCCUGCGGACACCUUUUCUGCUGGGAGUGCAUCACCGAGUGGUGCAACACCAAGGCAGAGUGCCCCCUGUGUCGGGAGAAGUUCCAGCCCCACAGACUGGUGUACCUGAGGAACUGCAGCUAGCUCCACAGACACACACCGCUGGACUCUGAAGCUUCUUAAUCCUCCCAGGACAUGUGGAGAUGUAACAGGACUUUGUGCCAACGUACUGCAGCUUUUUAAGUUUAAACCUGUAUGUUAUUUUUUGUUAUGAACUGCCUCUUUUGUUUAUCUUUAACAGAUGUUUGAGAUUAACAUUUUGAUUGUAUCAGUCGGAUCUUGUAAAUAUAACCUUUUAAUUUAAUAAAAAGCUUUGAUUUGAAGAAAA